GCUGGGUCGGUGUUUCUAGCCUAGUUCAUUCGCCGGCGGGUCUCUCCACUGCGCCGUCGGGAUGGCCACGUUGUGAGUAGCACAAGGCGCAAAUGGAGAGGUCAUCUGACUGGAAAUGCUACCAUACAACGAAAAGAGCUGGGCAUGGGCACGGCUUCGAGGAGCUGGAGGCACAGCAGGACGAACGAUCCGAAUUCCGAGGUGCGUUUACCCACCGUUAGCUCUCCUUUUGUACGCGCUGGGGGUACUUCAACGAAUUUCGCUUCUUUGAGCAUCGUGAGAGAAAACUCUUGGCAGGCUUCGGAGCCACUCAGUCAUGAAUGCGCCGAUUCUUCAAAGGGUCUCGAAGCCAGUGGCGCAACGCGAGUGCGUAACGGCGAUUCGCCAUGGCAGGGGCCCAGCUGGAGUCGAGUCGGUGACAGCAGCGGCGUGGCACAAGAUGCAACGCGGAGGGUGCUCGUUGGGCAGACAGGCUCUACGACAGCUGCGGUUUCCGGCGUGCCACGUCCAUGGCGGCAGUGUCACAGCCACGAGCGAGAAAAGCCCGCCGCACUGCACCGGCGACUAAGGCUGGGCGGGCAUGCAUUGCUCGGGCCUGUCUAUGGUGUGCCUGGGCGACGAAAAUAACGCGCCCGUUUCAUGUAGCGGGCGCAGCAGGCAGCGCUGAGGCACGAUGGAAAGCGUCAUGGUCAAGAGGACGGAGGAUGAGGAGGAUAUGGGGGAGAGGGAGAGAGCCUCGGAUGAGGAAGGUCGGCGCAUGUGCG